ACUCGACAAUAGUGACUAACUAGCGUAUAGUCAACACCAUGACGGAGGGAGUGUCGGAGCGGAGCAGCGUGUGGGAGAGGCUGAGCUGCUGGCGGCUGGCCCGACUGUGCCGAACACGCGCGCGGCGGAAGGUGGCCCCCGACCCGCCGGCUGACAAGACUGCCAGGCGGCGCGGACGACGGCGCCUGGCCGAUCCACCGUCAGCCCAGUACAGCGCGCUGGGUGAGAAGCUGCGUCUGGCGGCGCCGGCGGCGCUGCAGUGCGCGCUGUUCUGCGGCGGUGCGCGCUGCCGCUACGAGCGCCCGCAUCCCAGCGCCGCCGCCCUGCAGGGGUUCUACUCCGACUGGGUGACGGAGGACAUCGUGGCGAUGGCGCGGCCCAGCACCGCCGCGCUCGCCGCCCGCAACCUGCUGCAGCAAUUCCACUGCUGGGGUAUCAGGUCGGUGGUGAACCUGCAGACGGCGGGCGAGCACGCCAGCUGCGGUCCGCCGCUCACCGCCUCCGGAUUCACCUACGACCCGCGCGUCUUCAUGGCCGACGAUAUUUACUACUACAACUUCGCGUGGCCGGACUACGGCGAGGCGACGCUGAGCAGCCUGCUGGACAUGGCCAAGGUGCUGUCGUUCGCCGUGCAGCAGGGACGAGUCGCUAUACACUGUCAUGCGGGUCUGGGCAGAACGGGUGUGCUGAUAGCGUGCUACCUGGUGUACUCGAUGCGGAUGCGCGCCAACGAUGCCAUCAGGCUGGUGCGCAGGCGCCGGCCGCGCGCCGUGCAGACCCGCGGCCAGAUCCGCUGCGUGCAGCAGUUUGAGUGCUACUUGCUGCCCCAGACCGUCGUCUUCAGCACCAGGGACCACACAUCAGUUCGCCGGGACCGCCGGACGGCGGAGUUCACGCUGCGCCAGUUUCUGCAUAGGCAGAGGAUCUGCCUGCACGGCCUGGAGGAGAGGAACUUCAAAGAGUUGCCAAAAAUAGUGUACGUGAUAGUAGAGCGGCUGCUGCAGCUGUGCGGUUGCCAACGGAGCUCCGGGCUGGACAUGGGGCUCCGGCACAGGCCCUUUUACAAGUCCUUCCUGGUGUACUAUCUCAAGCAGGCGCGCCCGCCCGACCCCGACACUCCUGAGGAGAUUGCACCAGAGGUGACGGCAGCAUCUCUUCCCAUGAUCGAGUGGCGGGAUCCACUGGAAGAGGACGUGGAGCGGAACCUGGAGUCCGUCAGCCGGAUCACCGGCGGCUGCGGCGGCGCCAUCCCCGCGGUGCGAGUUUACGAGGCGUUCGUCUGUGAUCACCAAAGUCUUCCAAGCGAGCAGCAGCGGCACCUCAAGCAGCUGCGCGGCGACAUCGACCACAGGCGGGAGGCGAUGGCCAGGAUAGACGAAGAGGACAACCCUGAGAUUCUGACCGGACUGCUGUUCGAGUGGCUGGAGGGGCUAAAGACGCCGGUGCUGGGCACGGAGGAUCUCGCCACCAUCAUCAGUCGCUCGCACCGCGUCGACUCCUGUGUACCCGCCAUGAAAAUGGAAGAUGUGAUACUAAUCGAAUACUUACUGAGAUUUGUAAUUCGGUUACGACCGCUGGCCGCCAAUAAGAAGAUAGAUAUAAUAAAACGCCUAAUCGCCUCCCUCGCCCAACAAACUGUCGUCAUCCAGGGAGAACCACUUCCCAACAAGAGCUUCACGCGUCUGCGGGAAGGAACUUGCGCGCAGGUCGUCAACUUCAUGUUGCGGAUGAUCUUACAAAUACAAAAAGAGGCCAUUAAACCCGGAUCCGAUGAUAGAGACGUUAUUCUUCCUCAUAGAUCCAAAAUAAAAGCUUUACAAUAA